AUGUUCAAAUUUGGAUUAGAUUUUUGCUCUAAGAAAAGUCUUCCAUAAAACUUUGCAGAUCAAAUUCUGAAAUUAGAAAUGGAGAUUGAUAUUAAUGAAUAGAAUUAACUUUCGUCAUUAUAAUAGUUAAUAUCUCUUUAUAUGGUAAUUAUUAUUAUUAUUUUUAAUAGACUGGAAUAGAAUAUUAUGAAUCUAUCUAAGAUAAAAGAAGCUUUUUCUUUUAAAAAAAACUCAAUUCUCUCAUUCUAUUUGCCACUUAAAGAGAAAAUGAAGAAUUUCUAUUAUCAAAAGAAUAAAUUAUAAAUAAGAGAGCUAAAUUUGAAGAAGAAUCAAAACGUAUUGAACUUGAUUUAAUCUACAGCUAAACAGAAUCUAAAGAGGUAUAAUUUUCACAUUUUUGAUUGAGGCUCAAGUUAAAGGAAUUGUUAACAAUCACACUAAUCAAGUUAAAUAAAUAUAAAGUAUGAUACAAAAUGAAAUGGCUUCUCAAACUGAUGCUUUCUAAAUGCGUCUUGAACGUAGAAGAAAAUCUAAAAUAAUACAUUCUUUAAGUUAAACAGAAAUAGAUUUAUAAUCAUAUAAUACAACUAUUCCAUACAAAAAAACAGAAUUUAAAGAAUAAGGAUGUAUUGUACUAAUUCUGAUAGAAAAUUUUAGCUUAAACUAAAUAGAUCAUUUAAGAGGAGGAUGAUACUAGCAGAAAACACUCAUUUUUUCAAUUUGAAUAGGAUGGUAUUUAAAAUGAACUAUAACAAGUGAAUAAGUAAUAUUUAUAAUUCUAACAAUUUAGAUUGAAACAAAAACAUAAGAGAUGUGAAUCAUAAAUUCCUAUAUCAAAUAUAUCUAUAAAAUAGAGGUUUUUAAGUUAAGAAUUUCAUUAAAAUCAAGAUGAUAUUCAGGAAUCUUCCCAGAAAGAAAAUUUUUAAAAGAAUCAUUGA